GGCUUCGGACGAGAAAAAGGCGACUCACACAAGGGCUUCGGACGAGAGUAUCGCGGCUCACACAAGGGCUUCGGACGAGAGUAUCGCGGCUCAUACAAGGGCUUCGGACGAGAGUAUCGCGGCUCACACAAGGGCUUCGGACGAGAGAAAGGCGGCUCAUACAAGGGCUUCGGACGAGAGGCUUCAGAGGAGAGAAAGGCGGCUCACACAAGGGCUUCGGACGAGAGUAACGCGGCUCACACAAGGGCUUCGGACGAGAGAAAGGCGACUCACACAAGGGCUUCGGACGAGAGUAACGCGGCUCACACAAGGGCUUCGGACGAGAGUAACGCGGUUCACACAAGGGCUUCGGACGAGAGAAAGGCGACUCACACAAGGGCUUCGGACGAGAAAAAGGCGGCUCAUACAAGGGCUUCGGACGAGAGAAAGGCGGCUCAUACAAGGGCUUCGGACGAGAGUAACGCGGUUCACACAAGGGCUUCGGACGAGAGAAAGGCGGCUCACACAAGGGCUUCGGACGAGAGUAACGCGGUUCACACAAGGGCUUCGGAGGAGAGUAAACGCGGCUCACACAAGGGCUUCGGACGAGAGAAAGGCGACUCACACAAGGGCUUCGGACGAGAAAAAGGCGGCUCACACAAGGGCUUCGGACGAGAGUAA